UAAGCAGUUUUUCAAAACUCAAAACAUGCAUUCGACUAAAAUCCUUAAGGCAAAUGAUUCAGCCACAAGAAUUGAGAACAACACAGACCUCGUCACUGAAAUCCUUAUUCGUCUCCCAGUCAAAUCAUUGCUGAGAUUCAAAUGCGUCAGCAAAACUUGUCUCUCUCUCAUUUCCAACCCAGAUUUCUGCCACCGUCGUAAUCUUUCACUCACAAUCUCGGCUCUUCUUUUGCUUAUUAAUCCUCAUUCUCAUCACACUUCACAAUACGAAAUCCUUAAUCUUGACAAAACUAAUUCCUUUCUAUGCAACAAGAUUCUAUAUUUCCAAGGAAUUAAAAUUCUACAAUCCUGUUGCGGUUUAUUGCUGUGUUGCGGCUAUUCCCCGGAGAAACGCUCAAAGAAUUACUACGUUUAUAAUCCCAUCAUCACCAACCUUGAAAACAGCUUCGACCUUCUCCCAAAUCAAGACGGACGCUUUUACAGUCGAAUCUUCGGCAUGGUUCUUGCUUAUGAUCCUCUAACAUCGCCUCACUACAAAGUUAUUGGGGUUCGACGUUCGAGACACAAAUUCCAUUUCGUAAUUGACAUUUUCUCAUCCCAAACAACCUCUUGGAAGCGCUUUACCGGUAAAACACCCUUUGAGGAAGACGAAUGUGUCGAUUUCAAUGGUGGGGUCUUCUGUAAUGGUGUAAUAUUCUGGAAAACCGGUUCUGAAAAUACCCUUUUGUGCUUUGAACUCGAAAUUGAGCGAGUACGAAAGUUUGCAGGCCCUGAAAAUGGAGACUUUCUUAGUGUUCGUAUUGACUUUAUUGGGGCCUCUCGAAGAAAUUUUCAUGUACUCUGCAGUUGUAAAAAGGGUAUUGAUUAUACAGAGUACUUUGUUUACGAGAUGAAUCAUGACUUGUCAGGAUGGAUUCUCAAGUAUAGAUUCAAUUUCAAUGCAGUGGCAAUCAGUUGUUCGGUGACGAAAGUCCCCACCUCAUCUGAAUUGUUUAAUGUGUUUAGAGUAUUGGCCAUUGUCGUAGCAGAAAAGGCCGAGGACUCAUUCUUGGUUUUUCAUAUGGCUGGAAAACUCAUUCGUUACAACCUAAACGACAAGUCGUUUCGGUCGCUUUAUCAUUUUGAUCCCAAUAUUUACGGUGAUUUUUUUAUGUUAGGCUCGUCAGAGGUUCAUGGAUUCAUGGAAAUGCUUGCUUGAAUUUAUUGACUCAUCGAGUUGAUGCAUCCGCUUAAAGGAGGUACUCAUUCAAUAAACACUGCCUUAUUUUGUGGUGUGUGUUUAUGGUGGCUGAGUUUUUUUUUUUUCCUUUUUUAGAUUCAAUAUUUAAUCUUUUGGGUGUUGUUUGAUAAAGCACAAUUUUGGAUUCUUUAUAGUGUAGUAGUGACAGUAGUGUGAGGGUUAUAAUUUAUUUUUGAAUAUAACCUUUUUUUUUCUUGGUCUUAUAAAUGAAGGAAACUAAAUCGAUGUUUAUUUUAAAAUGUAAAAGCAACCUAAUUUGCAUGAUUAAAUUGAGGAGCAGAAAAUAUAAAACUUAGCAGAAUUUGAGAAUAGCUUAUCCUUGCAUUUCGCCAGAUUUCGACCUAAAAUUCAAUGCUCUCAUUCCCAUAUGAAUAUAGAAGCUCAUUUAAAUGAUUGCAUUUCUUCAUUUCUUUGUAUUCCAAAUAUAGUAAUUUUAUUUGCAUAAUAUAUGAUUUAUAUAGUACAAAAUUAUGAUAAGGACAUUUGUAAUUUUGGUAUAGGAGAGAAAUUGUAGUUCAUAUUUUUUAUGUGAUGAUAUAUAUAUAACACAUCCCAACCGUUUGUCUUAACUUAUUACAAUGAAAACAAGGUUAAAAUAGUUCAUUAUCAUAUUGCGAUUGAGAGAAAACUCUCUCAGUGUUCAUUGUCAUAUUUUAUCAUUAUUAUUAUUAUUCAUAGUAUAAUAAUGUUUUAA